AUGGGAAAUCGUUCAUCUCAACGAAAAAUCGAAGAAGAUUUAGCAAUAAAUGAUUAUCGUUAUUUAAUGAAACAAACACAUUUAACACCGACUAUCAUUCAAUCAUGGUAUCGUGAAUUUUUAACAGUUUGUCCUAAUGGUCAACUCACAAAAUCGCAAUUCACUAAAUUUUAUAAACAAUUAGAAAAUAGUUCAACAAGAGAUGUUGAAAAAAUAGCUGAAAAUGUAUUUCGAGCAUUCGACAAAGAUGGUAAUAAUUUGAUUGAUUUUACAGAAUUUCUUAUUGCUUAUGCUCUAACUACUAUUGGUGAUCCGACAGAUAAACUAGAAUAUACAUUCUCGUUAUUUGACAAAGAUCAUUCAGAAACAAUUGAACCACAAGAAAUGAUAGAAAUGUUUCAAAUAUUAUUUAGUAUAACAGGAAAACAAAUGAUAUCACCAGAAAAUGUUACAAUAGAUAUCUUUAAAAUGUUCGAUAUUGAUCAUAAUAAAAAGUUAUCAAAAAGUGAAUUCAUUAAUGGAUGUUUGAAAAAUGAUCAAAUUCGUCUGGUAUUAUCACCAUUUGAACCAGUCUGGCCACUAAAGGAUCCAAAACCAUGA